AUGUUCGUUUCUGUUUUUAGCCACAGUUCUCCUCUGUUUUGUGCUCGUCAUUACUCCGUCAUUCCUCUUGGCCCUUGGUCAGGGCUUAUUCAGUGGGUUGAUGGUGCUGUACCCAUCUUCGCUUUAUUCAAACGCUGGCAACAAAGGGAAGCCCUGGCUGCUGUACUGGUGAAAACUACACAGAUACUAAAAUAAAAAAAAGGAAUAUGUAACUGAAGUUUGUCUACGGCUUGGCCCACCAAGUCUUGUUAUGGUACAUGUCGACUGACAAAAGUCCGGUGAAUUUGUGUGUCAGGUUGUAAUAUCACCUUUCUGGAAUUCCAAGGCAAAGAAUUUGGCUUGAUUCCAGGUUGUUGUGCCAUGUAUUAAGCACAUGGAGGUGAUGCAAGCAAGGCUGGCCGAGGUCACGCCACCACUUUGACAAGACGACAGCGCUCCUUGUUAGUAAUAAUUUGAUAUUUAUUGGAACUUGUUUGUUAACUAAAGUUUUGUCUCCAUUCCAGGAUGCUAAUCAACCACCCCCUCAGCCAAUGAAGCCAAGUGAACUGUACUACAGCAAAGUCACUCCUGCCUUGAAGGAGAAGGUGACAACUGAUUUAUAUGAUAAGAGAUACAUGUAACUUUCCAUUUAGACAAAAGAUGACACCUGGUUGUGCUUUUUAUUUUUCCCUCACUUUUUAUUUCUUUGUUUAUUUUUUCUUUCAGGGUAUCACUGAUCUGUCUAAUAGAAGAGACUGGCCCCUGUCUGUUAUGCGACAAGUAUUGGAGGAGCUUAUGAAGGAAACACCUGGUGACCUCUUGGCCAAGUAAGUAGCCAAGUGCCCCACCCUCAUUCGCUAUUUGCUCAGUACAUUUAAAACUUACCUUCUUAGCUAGACUGCAACUCUAGUGCUAAGGAUUUAAUCUUAUUGCUAAAAAAGCAAGCUUUUGUGUGAGCCUUUUCUAGAGAAUGAGGGAGAUAUAUCUACUCCAGGAACUUACAAUCCGGCGCACAUUGUAAACAUUGAUUUCAAAUUUUUCUCUCUAUAUGUAGUAUGCGCUUCUUGAAAAAAGUCAACUCUCAUUGUCCUGAGUUCAAAACAAAAAAGAGAUUUUGCAAACGUACCGUGGUAUUUUACGCAAUAAAGUGUAAUUCAUUGAGAAACCCAUUGCAUUGCAUUAUUCAUCCAGACUGCAUACGUAGAGCAAAAAUGAUAAGACUGCACGUUGUGUUGUUUAGGGAGCUAUGGUGUUCCAGUACAAGUGCAGCUGAGUGGUGGCAGAUGACUCAAAGCUAUGCUCGCUCUACUGCUGUCAUGUCUAUGAUUGGCUACAUUAUUGGCUUGGGAGACAGACAUCUAGAUAACAUGCUGGUGGACUUCACUACUGGGGAGGUGAGGAGCCCGAAGCCUUCUGGGAAUAUUUUAUAGAGGUUAACAUUUAAUGGGUAAAAGAUACAUGCAGUCUUUUCAGAUACCAUUUUAAAGUUCAGUCCGUUGUUUAUUAAUGUCGCAGACAAGUAAAAAGACGCUAGGGUGAGAGGAGUACCCAAGUGUUGUCCAUGACCUUAGCGUUGUGUUAUCCCUCUUUCCCGUGAUGUUGGGUGACUGGCGAAGACUGCCAUGGCAAUUACUAGAGUCUUCACAUGUUAUCUCUAUGGCUUGUGAAAACAUCUGUUACUCACCGGUCCCCACCGCUGGGAACGUUUCACCGCCACAGUGACGUUUCGUGAAAUGUUCCCAGUGACGGGUAGCAGUAAGAAGCGACUGUAUUCAAAGACUGAUAUCAAUACUAGUAGGUAAAUUCACUUAAAAUGCAAGCUUCUUAACAGUGCUUGUAGUGUCCCUCUCCCUUAGACAGUUUCACCCACAACAAUGAUUAUUCCAUCACGUUUGUCGUUCCCCAGAAAUCAUUGAUCCCAUAUGCUCAAGAUGUUUGGCUCUUUGUUUUUUCAGGUUGUACAUAUUGAUUAUAACGUGUGCUUUGAGAAGGGGAAAGGAUUGAGAGUUCCUGAGAAAGUUCCCUUCAGGAUGACACCAAACCUGGAGACGGCUUUAGGAGUUACAGGGGUGGAAGGGGUAUUCCGUCUCUCUUGUGAAGAAGUCCUAAAGAUUUUAAAGCAGGGACGCGAGACACUGCUCACUCUUCUAGAGGCUUUUGUUUACGACCCUCUAGUGGACUGGACCACUGCAAAUGAUACUGCUUUCGCCAGGGCAUUCUAUGGAGGAGGAGCUCCGGGCGUCGCUGACAACAAAGUGAAUAAGAAGGAGAUGGAGAGAGAUGUGACACAGAGCUUGUUUUCUUCACGUGUGGCUGAGAUGAAGGUUACAUGGACUAACAAUAGGUAA